AUGUUCGAAUCGGCGCUCUAUCCUUGCUUUGGUCGUGAUGGUAGUCGUGAAGAUUACGGCAUUCAGCUUGUCGACGACAAGAAGAGUUCCGGGUUUCUGCGUGGUCGACUGGUGGAUCAUCUCGUCGAUAUGAAGACUGUGGCGAGCUGGAUCGAAUUGUGUAAGCUUCGCCAUGGAGGGCAAUGUGCCCGCUCGGGCCUAGACACCAGAUCAUUGCCUCCUGCGACGCUGGACGAGUUCCUAGUCAUCGAUGUGGAUAGGCUGUGUCUCUGCGAACUGCCAGAGAACAUGGAGUAUGUCGCCUUGAGCUACGUCUGGGGCAGUACAAACCGGGUGUUAACUCUCAAACACAAUCGAGCAGCGUUCUGCGAGCCAAACGGCUUGAAUAUUGAGCUUCCUCGAACCGUACAGGACGCUAUCGAGGUCACCAAAGCGCUCCAUCUCAGAUUUGUCUGGAUCGAUGCUUUGUGCAUUCAGCAAGACAACUACACGACAAAAGCGAUACUCCUCAAUGCAAUGGACGCCAUCUACGCAGAUGCCGUGAUCACUAUAGUAGCUGCCACCAGCAAUGGCGCGGACUCAGGUCUAUCGGGAUGGUCUUCGAAAUCAGGCCGGACGCAACACUGCGUUGAAUUGAGCCAAGGGCUCCGUCUUGGAGUACUGCCCUACUACCAGCGAGAGCUGCUGCACUGCGAACAUGCGACUCGUGCUUGGACGUCAGUCGAAUCUCGUCGGUGUUCAUGA